UCAGCUGAGCCUGGAGUUUCUGAAGACAAGGGCUAGAAAUCUGCACUUUAAACUCUUGAAAACCACUGUGUGCCUUCAUCUAAGCUGCCCCUGCUUCUCUCCCCUCCAUCCCUCCAGCCUGGCCCUGUCCUCCCCACUCUCCCCUGCACCCUCCCCCGCCCCACGCUCCCCACAAACGGCCAAAGCAGCAGUGUGAGGCAAUCGCUCUAUCCUUGACCCCUUCCUUUGCACAGUGAGUGAUGGCGUUUUUAUCUCCUGAUGAUGAUGCACAGCCUUCAGCGGGGGACAUUUAAGACGCAGAACACCGAGUCCAGGCUGCAGCUGCGGGACUCAGAGGCAAAGCUUGAGGGGCUCAGGAAGGACGAAGAACCACCCUUGAGAGAAGAGGCAGCAGCAGCGGCAGCAACAGCGGCGGCAGCGACCCCACCACUGCCACAUUUGCCAGGAAACAAUGCUGCUAGCGACAUUCAAGCUGUGCGCCGGGAGCUCCUACAGACACAUGCGCAACAUGAAGGGGCUGAGGCAACAGGCUGUGAUGGCCAUUGGCCAGGAGCUGAACCGGAGGGCCCUGGGGGGCCCCACCCCUAGCACGUGGAUUAACCAGGUUCGGCGGCGGAGCUCUCUGCUCGGUUCUCGGCUGGAAGAGACUCUCUACAGUGACCAGGAGCUGGCCUAUCUCCAGCAGGGGGAGGAGGCCAUGCAGAAGGCCUUGGGCAUCCUUAGCAACCAGGAGGGCUGGAAGAAGGAGAGUCAGCAGGACAAUGGGGACAAAGUGAUGAGUAAAGUGGUCCCAGAUGUGGGCAAGGUGUUCCGGCUGGAGGUCGUGGUGGACCAGCCCAUGGAGAGGCUCUACGAAGAGCUCGUGGAGCGCAUGGAAGCAAUGGGGGAGUGGAACCCCAACGUCAAGGAGAUCAAGGUCCUGCAGAAGAUCGGAAAAGAUACAUUCAUUACUCACGAGCUGGCUGCAGAGGCAGCAGGAAACCUGGUGGGGCCCCGUGACUUUGUGAGCGUGCGCUGUGCCAAGCGCCGAGGCUCCACCUGUGUGCUGGCUGGCAUGGCCACAGACUUCGGGAACAUGCCUGAGCAGAAGGGUGUCAUCAGGGCGGAGCACGGUCCCACUUGCAUGGUGCUUCACCCGUUGGCUGGAAGUCCCUCUAAGACCAAACUUACGUGGCUACUCAGCAUCGACCUCAAGGGGUGGCUGCCCAAGAGUAUCAUCAACCAGGUCCUGUCCCAGACCCAGGUGGAUUUUGCCAACCACCUGCGCAAGCGCCUGGAGUCCAGCCCUGCCUCUGAAGCCAGGUGUUGAAGACCAGCCUGCUGUUUCCAACUGUGCCCAGCUGCACUGGUAUGCACGCUCAUCAGGAGAAUCCCUGCUGGAAGCCUGCAAGUCUAAAAUCUCCAUCUGGCGACAGUGGGAUGGGUGGGGUUCGUGUUUAGAGUAUGACACUAGGAUUCAGAUUGGUGAAAGUUUUUAGUACCAAGAAAACAGGGAUGAGGCUCUUGGAUUAAAAGGUAACUUCAUUCACUGAUUAGCUAUGACAUGAAGGUGAAGGCCCCUAGAAUAAUUGUAAAACUUUUCUUCUGGGUCCUUACAUACCCACCUAAAACCAUCUUUAAAGUACUAGUGGCUGAUAUGGGUGUGGGGGAUGCCAACCACAGGGCCUGAGAAGUCUUGCUUUAUGAGCUCAAGAAUGCUAUGCGCUGGCAGUGCAUGUGCACAAAGCAGAACCUCAGAGGGUCUCCUGCAGCCCUCCGCUCCUCCCGGUCGCUGCACAGCAACACCACAGAACAAGCAGCGCCCCACAGUGGGUGCCUUCCAGAAAUAUAGUCCAAGCUUUCUCUAUGGAAAAAGACAAAACUCAUUAGUAGACAGGUUUCCCUAUUGCUUCCAUAGGCACCAGUCAGAAUAAAGAAUCAUAAUUCACACAAAACAUCAGUCUGUGUUUUAAUAUUGUACUGUUAAAAAAAAUCUAUGCAGCUGGGCGCGGUGGUUCACGCCUGUAAUCCCAGCAUUUUGGGAGGCUGAGGCGGGCGGAUCACAAGGUCAGGAGAUCAAGACCAUCCUGGCCAACAUGGUGAAACCCCGUCUCUACUAAAAUACAAAAAAUUAGCUGGGUGUGGUGGUGCACACCUGUAGUUGUAGCUACUUGGGAGGCCGAGGCAGGGGAAUCACUUGAACCCAGGAGGCGGAGGUUGUAAUGGGCGGAGAUUGUGCCACUGCACUCCAACGUGGGCGACAGAGUGAAACUCCGUCUCAAAAAAAAAAAAAAAAAAUCUAUGCUAGUAGAUUACAACUUCACACUAGAGGAGUUCUGGACAAAGCUUUUAAUUAGUCAAACUAAAUUAAUCAGGCUCAUUAAAAGGAAAGGAACUACUGGGAAAUUAUGCAAUUCAAUAAUUUAGACUCUUACCAGGAUCUUUCAUAAAAAUUUAAUUUCCAUAAGCAUAACCUAAAUGAGUUCUUAAAUAAUUCUAUAAGCAAUAGCUGAUUAAUGGGCCCUGGAAGAUGAAGAUUAUAACUGUUUAUUUACCUAAUUAAAAGGAAAAGCAGUGCCAAAUAUGAGAAUAAACAAUAUUAGUUAACAUUUCUGUUACUUAUGAUGCCAAUUAGUAGUAAGAUAAUUACACAGCUGUCAACUUUGUUUGGGGCUGGCAACUUCUCUGCUUAAACAGGCUAAAAGUUUAGUAUUCUGGGAGAAGUGGCUGGAAUAAGGGGUAAUAUGGUGAAAGCAAAUUCCCUUUCCCAGGAGUCAAGAGAAUUUAUGUGAGGUGGCUCCCGCCUGUAAUCUCAGCACUUUGGGAGGCCAAGGCAGGCGAUCACCUGAGGGCGGGAGACCAGCCUGACUAACAUGGAGAAACCCCGUCUCUACUAAAAAUACAAAACGAGCUGGGUGUGGUGGCGCAUGCCUGUAAUCCCAGCUACUUGGGAGGCUGAGGCAGGAGAAUCGCCUGAAUCCGGGAGGCGGAGGUUGUAGUGAGCCAAGACUGAGCCACUGUACUCCAGCCUGGGUGACAGAGCGAGGCUCUUAAAAAAAAAAAAAUUAUACACACACACACACACAUUGGGAUGGGAGGCGGGUAGAGAGGAUGAAAAAAUCACCAUUACCACCUGAAGCUUUUCCAUUCUUGUUUAAAUAGCAUUGAUGAUUUGCACCAUUUGGAGAUAGAGCUCUGGCUUAUUAUAAAACAGGAGCUGGGCACAGUGGUGCCUACCCACAAUGCCAGCUACUCUGAAGGCUGAGGUGGGAGAAUUGCUGGAGGGCAAUUUGAAAUGAGUCUGGGUUGGCCGGGAGCGGUGGCUCACGCUUGUAAUCCCAGCACUUUGGGAGGCUGAGGCGGGCGGAUCACGAGGUCAGGAGAUCGAGACCACGGUGAAACCCCGUCUCUACUAAAAAAUACAAAAAAUUAGCCGGGCGUGGUGGCGGGCGCCUGUAGUCCCAGCUACUCGGAGAGGCUGAGGCAGGAGAAUGGCGUGAACCCGGGAGGCGGAGCUUGCAGUGAGCCGAGAUUGUGCCACUGCACUCCAGCCUGGGUGACAGAGCAAGACUCCGUCUCAAAAAAAAAAAAAAAAAAAAAGAAAGCAUCAUUAAACCAAUCAUAUUCGACCUGUUUCAAGCAGAGAUUCCCGUGUGAAUGUACAUUUUGGCCGGGCGCGGUGGCUCACGCUUGUAAUCCCAGCACUUUGGGAGGCCGAGGCGGGCGGAUCACGAGGUCAGGAGAUCGAGACCACGGUGAAACCCCGUCUCUACUAAAAAUACAAAAAAUUAGCCGGGCGUGGUGGCGGGCGCCUGUAGUCCCAGCUACUCGGGAGGCUGAGGCAGGAGAAUGGCGUGAACCCGGGAGGCGGAGCUUGCAGUGAGCCAAGAUUGUGCCACUGCACUCCAGCCUGGGUGACAGAGCGAGACUCCGUCUCAAAAAAAAAAAAAAAAAAAAGAAAUGAGUCUGGGCAAGAUAGUGAGACCUCAUCUCAAAAAAAAAAAAAGAAGGAAAAAACAAAGGAGUUGAUGAAACCAAAUUAUGACAAACUAAAUUAAAAAAUUAAAAAAUAGCAUUAGUGGGAACACUGGUAUUUACUGAGGUAUUAAAAUUUUACAACUAGUAAAGGUAUUUAUUAUAAUUUAUUCAGAUUGUUUCUUAGUUUAUUUUUGGCAUGGAUAAAAUUAUUGUUUAUCUAGGAGCCUCAGAGUUGAGAAAGGAUAGUUGUAGAGAAGUAUUUCUAAAAUGGAAUUAUGAUCCACUACCAGCUAAGAGAAAAUAGUUACUUGUUUAAAGAUACCUUAAAGCAACAUAUAUUCUAGUUUCAAGACAACAGGCUGACAGUCAAGAAACAGGCUUUUAACAAACCCACUGGUUUGCUGGAUUCUAAUUGCCUCCUUCAAACUAUAUAAUUGUGUCUUUCUGGUUUCUGUGGAGAUAUUUUCCCACUUGUUUAAUUUUACACUGGAAUAAAACAAGUUGUCACUGUU